CCCCCGCGGCCGCAGCCGCCGCCCGACUCCCUGCUGGACGAGCUGGUGACGCGCAGCGCCGCCUUCCCGCUGCCCUGGCCAGUGCCCGGCGUCCGCUGCGCGCGGCUCCUCCAGAAGCCGGACAUCGACAAGGAGACGCUGGUGCGGAACGUGGACUCUGCGUACCCAGUGAUGCACGAGAAGGUGCUGUACCUGCUGGUGAGCUUCCUGGAGUUCAAGCGGCAGCACGGCUCGGCGCCGGAGCGCUCGCUGUACGCCGACAUGUCGGUGCUCGGCCUGGUCGACCGCCUGCUGCAGCGCCGCGCCGCCGCCUUCUACGGCGACAGGGACGUCUACCUGCUGCAGGACGGAACCAAGGGCAACGGCGGCUGGGAGCUGGUAGGCACGGACGAGGAGCGGCCGCCGCUGGUGCUGAGCGCCUGCCUCAGCUACGACGAGAUCAAGCUGUCCGCACUGCUCUCCGUUUCCUCGCACUCCGUCUUCACCAACGACGGCUGCCGCAACAACCGCGGUGCUGAGACAGACGACGUCGGCAGCUUCCAGCGCCACGGAGUCAUCAUCGGGAUCGUUGGCAGCCGCCUCAGGCGCCCCGGCUUCAUGGAGUAUCAGGAAUUAAUUGUAUCCAAAGAACAAAAUGUGACAGACAAUGGCUAUGGUCAUGAUACCUCAGCAAGCUUGCCAGCGUGCAAGUGGCGGCAGAUAUUUGCAGCUUUCUAUGGAGUCCAGCCUAACUUCCCUCUCUAUGAAGAAGCUUUGGAAAUGCACCAAAAAGAUGUCAAACAAAGUGGAGUGGUGAGAGGCAGUGGUGGUAUUGAUCGCUAUGUGGAGCUGCAGUUAGGAGAUAGAGAUACUCUACUGUUUGACAAUAUGUUGUACCAGCGGCGAAUGUCUGUCAGCUUUGAAACUCUGCUACUGGAAGCUGCAUCUCGUGCUGAGGCUGCUGGAACCACUGCCCUAGUGCACAUUGUGGGAGCAGGCCUUGGAGUAUGGCGCAUUUCAAAGCAUCAGGAACGCCAUUUCCUUGAUGCAUUUGCUAGUUGCAUUCAACGUCUGCUACCAUCACUUUCACAUAUUUCUGAAGUGCGGUUUGCCUGGUUUUCGGAGGGUGCAACACUGCGUGGUGUUGGAGAUGGUGGCCGCGUGGGUCAUGUAAGAGUGCGAUUUUCACAAGCUGAGCCGCAGUCGCGACUGGUAGACAAUCCUGAGCAGCUGCUUGUAGUUUCAUAUGCAUGGGAUGGCAAUGCGCUGCCAGGGAAUGAAUUUUGGUGUGGCAGCUUGACAUCUUCUGGUGACCCAGCAGCUGCGUGCUGCAGCCAGAUCACUGAGCUUCAUACGGCAAGUAUCAACAGUGACAGAGUCUGCGCUAGAAACCUCCACAUUGCAAGUUCUGUGUGGGGUGUGUUGCAUGUGAGUGAAUACGCACGUCGCAUGCUCAAGGCAACCACUAGUGGAGGUGGACAGCCACCGGACAGUGACUAGAAAGAAGGAACAUCACACCUCCAUAACAUGUGAUUUGAAAUUACAUGUAAAUAUUACUGUUCCCAUCAGUCCUUGGAGUAUUAUUACAACAGGAAAUGAAUAAUUUCAUGGAUUAAUUUAACUUAUUGUGAACUGUGGGAGGCACCUGCAACAGCAAGACUAGAGAGAUUUUCGCAGAGGAUUUUUCUGUACUUAUUUCAUAAAGCAAGGGAAUAGAUUUUUGCCUCAAAGUGAUUGAAGUGUGAAUAAUAUACUCAUAAUUUUUACUCUAGGUGUUGCCUUCCAAUGUUUAAAGCUGUAAUGUGGGAGACAAGUUUCGUGAUGAUAUUAGAAAUGUUGUCAAGAGUAAAGGAUUGCAGAUUUGGAUAGACAGAGCUUUAUUUCAUUCCAAAAUAGCAACUGUCAUUGCAAGCAUACUGAGUUUAUACUGUUCCAUGAGAUUAACUAUUAGAGAGAAUUUAUGCAGAAUAAAAAUUGAUGGUUUUAAAGAAAAUAGUAUGUAAGCUUAAGGAAUUUUAAUGUUGAGAUCACCAUAAAAAUAUGUAUGAUCAUUUUGCUUGUGUAUGAGCCAUUUUAAUUUAGUUCAAGUUAGGAUAUUCCUAUUACUCAUUAGCUGCCUAUAGAUAUCUUUUCUUUACUUUUGAAACCUCUCAUGUGAGGCAAGAUCAACUGGAUUACCUGUUGGGAGCCUGACUGUAUAAGAAAGUAAAUGGAGCAUUUUUAGUGCUAGUUGUUACGUCCACUGGGGUACUCGAUAUCAGUCAGGUAAUAUAAAGAUGUGUUCUUUGCUGCAGAUUAAAAUUUUACUGUGUGUGUGUGUUUUCAUAAGACUGAAACAGCACAAAAGAAUUUAUUGACUGUUAAAUCUGGCUUCAUGAUCAUGGUUACUCUCUAGAAAACUUAGAUUUGCUAUUCUUUGUUAGCAGUCUAGUAAUAACACGAGUGUCUGUAUCUUGCAGAUUAUAAGGAGAGUUCAUGCUGCUGGAUGCUAGAUUCUGUAUCUUACAGAUGGGUGUGACUUGAAGAAAGAGGAUUUUUAUAAAAACAAAUUGAGGACAAACAGAACUUAAAUUUAUCCUGUUUUUAAUAGUUAGAGCUCCCUUUUUCAUCAUCUUACAUAACCACAAUCUUAUAAAAAGAAAACUGGAUUAAUAGGAAGUGAUCAAAUUACAAAAUAUAGUGACUAAACAGUUACAGUAGCAUAAUGCCUUUUUGCCAUGACUGGUUUCAGUGAAUGUUUAGUCAAUAAUUCUACACUUAAUGUCUUCAGAACUGCAGCAGUUGCUAUACACUGAUUGUAUAAACAAUCUCACUCAUGUUCACUUAUUGUUGUGAGCACGUUCAAUCAGCAGACCAUCAUCAGACAGAUCUGAAGCAGAAUUAAUUAGGGCAUUGAGGUAAUACUGAAACAUAUCCCUCAACUGUUGAGCAGAGACUUCUGCUGCACCAAGUAAAUGUGACUGAGACAAUUUUUUACAAAUUACUAAGUAGUCAUCACCAGCUUUCCGUGAAAUGUCCUACCUUUAAUGAGUUGUGGUGAAAGAAGUCUCUCUAGAAUAAGUAUUCCUGAAGCACACAGUUGCAUACAAAUGUACUAGUUAAAGAUGCAGAAUCUGCACUAGACACUGUGAGCCCAUGCUCCUCAGACUCAAUAUGUGCGGAAGAAACUGUAAUUCCUCCUAUUUUUUGAAAUGUAGUUUUUCAAUUAAUAAAAUUACACAGUGACUGCACUGAAUUACUGUUGUGAUUGUUGCAGCAAUCAUAUUCAGAUUAUAAUUACUAGCAUGUCAGUAUAUUAACAAGUUAUUACAUGUUCAGGUUCAAAACUGAAUUCGAUACAAUGGAAUAACUGUGUGAUUUUGUUGACUGAAUAAACAUUUUUGAAAGUGGUAUAUCUUUUCAGCACAACACAGUACAUUGCUCUACAAAAAUUUCCUGUUGUAUGCUUCAUAACUAUUCUAGAAGUACACUCAUUGUUCAGACAUUCAUUAAAAGUAACAUUUUGUAGAAACCUGAUUAUGAGCAGUCACUACUCGAAAGAGGUUAUGGCAAUACUGGAUUGUGCAAUUAGAACUGCUUUUAAAUUACAACAGACUUCUACACUUAAUGAUAUGUCCUUGCAUCUUAUAGUAAUCAUGGAAAAAAACAGUUAAUUAUAGAAAUAAAAUUUGUAUAUAUUUACUGGAUGAACCAUGGAAGCAAUGUGAGUCUGUUCAAAUGAAUCCUUGGUUAAAAUACAACUUCUAUUCCUUUCCGAUACCAAAAUGUUCAUGUUGUUGCCUGCUGGUCUUUAGUAAAAACUGAACAGAUUAUUUUGAGUCACUGGUUUUCUCAUCCUCACAGGGAUGAGGAAUGGAGGAGUAAUAGUCUGCAGGCAUAAACAUUACUGAUUUAAAAAAGUUAUGGUUUCUGUCAUGGGAUUAUCUAACAUUUAACAGUGUAAAAUGGUAGGGAUACAGAGCUAAACUGAAUGUGUAAGACUUUCUGUCACUGAACGUGAAAACAUUUUCAUUUGGUGCCAGUUGUUGUCAACAAAAGAAUUUUUUCUGUUGAAAAAUUGCAGUUUUAACUAUAUAUCUCAAAUUUAACAAGACAUGGUAUUUGAACGAUAGUCAUCAUGCUGAAGAAUUUUAAAUGGUUUAGCUAUUACUUUGAUGAGGGAACCCAAAUGUAUCUAGUAAUAUGGAAGUUCUUUUUACAUGAGUAAUAUUAUUUUAAUAUGUGGUGACCAUUCCUGUAUUUUGUUAAAAAUAUAUUUCAUUGUGAACUAAAAUAAAAUGUUUAUAGCUUUUAGUCUUUCUACUGUAUGGUGCUCUUUGAUUAUUCAUGUUUGCAACCACUGCUUGGAACUAGUGCCUUUGCUUGCUUUAUGAUGGAGGAAUCUAAUUUAUAUACUGUCAGUUACUUUAUGUGAAUUAUUGUGUAAUGUCGUUAUAGUUGUCUGAUACAGCUUCAUAUCAUCAUCUUGCCUCAACUUUUGAUAUAUUCAUGCCAAAGAAUUACAGUAUUGUUCUUUCAUGCAUGAUUUUUCUGUUUUGAGAUAGUAUCACCUGGAGUUACUAUCCAUGACUAUACUGCACUUGUCCAAAUUUUUUUAAUAACUAUUUUUCCAUGUUACACAGUACGAACUAUAUUUCAUUGAACUGUUUUGUAUGAUAAACUGUAGAUACCAUUAUGUAUUUGUAAAGGCUUUAUUUAUGUUUGUGUCUAAUUUGUCUCUUUUUUUAUAUAAAAAGAAUUCACUUUUGACCAUUCAUGACAAUUAAUGAAGUUUAAAUGUUGUAGGAAAGUUCUUGUAGAAUGUAGAACAUAAAUACUUUUGGAUUGGAGGAGACCACUCAUUGAAAAGCAGAUGUAUUGAGUUAUCCAUACACACACACACACACACAACAGAAAGAAACCUUAGGUAGCUUUUGGAGAUAUUGAUGUUCUUUGACAAGCUAGAGUAAAAGACACACACACACACACACACACACACACACACACACACACACACACACACAGAGAGAGAGAGAGAGAGAGAGAGAGAGAGAGAGACAAGAUAGAGAGCCACUAGUUCCUCAAGGGAUAACAUUAAAAGCUAGCAACAUAUCUUUCCUUUGUUUGUAGCUAUCAACAACUCAACACUUCCACUUUUCAAUGAGUGGUCUCCUUUAAUCCCAAAGUAUUUAAUUUCUAAAGUUUGUACAACAGAUUUUCAUAGAUCUUAAUGUUGCAAAUUGUGUAACAUGCUAACCCUCUUACCAAAAUAAUGACUAUAUAUUUUAGCCAAUGUUCUGUUCCAUUGCAUAAACAAUAAGGCAGAUUCCAUAUCUGUGUCUUGAUUUCUCUUUUAUAUUUUGUACAAAAACCAAAACAGGAUGAGUGAUAGCACGGAAAUUUGGGAAUUUUGUUAUGAAUAAUGUACAGUUACAAAAACAGGGCUUUAAGAGAGUGAAUUUUAUUGCUUAAAAUGCCAUUUCAGUGGUUAAAGCAACUAUUAUUUUCUACAGGAUUCAGAAUAUGUGUAUAUUUAUGUUGCAGUAAUUGAUGAUUUCUGUGAAUAUAGGGCAACUGAUAUUAAGCUUAUGUUUUAUUAUGAUCACUUGUUUACUAGCCAAGGAAACAGAAGUCUCUGAAGUGUAUGCAACAGAGAAAUAGCUGUUCUUCCAUCACUUUAUCCAUAUUUAACAACUACAGCAUAUUGUGUUAAAUAAUAACUCAAGUAAUGUAUGUUCUUGAGAAGCAGUGCCUAGAUAUCUUUAUCUAAUCAAGUGCACUGCUAUCAUCUAUGUUAUGUUGUAUAACUAACUGCUUCACCAGCUUUGAAAGACUGAACAACAUUCUUAAAAUGAGAGGUACUUACUUGACCAAAGGAUAUAUUUUUGCUAUGACAAUGCAAAGUAGUUUUUAAACUGCAGUUAAUACUUAUAAAUUAUUUCUGCUUAUAAAAAAUAUAUAUAUGUAUGUUGACAGUUUUAUUAUUCAUGUAUUUAAACCUAAGUGUAAGCAAAUUAGUACCCUUUCUUGUUCCAUAGCAGUCAAACCACACUGCUGUAAAAUGUUUAUGAUGAUUGUAUUUUCUAAGAAAUAAAGCUAUGAAGCUAUUAUA